CACUCAGUUUUCUUUUUACUUGAUGUAGAGAUCGAGGAAGCAAAUCACUGCUUUUGCUUUCAACAUGGAGACAUAACCUUCCCAUGAUGCCCAAGCAGAUGUUUAUAUUUCUCCUUCUCUGGGGUGUAAGGGUCACAGACACAACCACCGGCACAUGGAGGCGGUGUACAGACCUGCUGCCCCUGGAUCUUCUGUCCUUUGUACUUGAGAGGGAUACCUCCAAACUCGUGUCUGGGGUGCGCAUGAAGCAAGCUGGCGGGGUAAGGGGCAUCCAUUUUCUGGGCCCUGAUACCUUAAUGAGCUUCCCCUCCUCCCAGAUAUUGGUAAACUGUGACCUUUUCCCUGAAGAGUUCUCCAUUGUUGUAACAUUUAAAGUCAAUCGUAUCGCACCAAAGAGAAAUGAAUAUAUCUUUUCAUUGCUGGAACCCAGAAAUGCAGAGAAAAAUGCAGCAGAGGAGGUGGAGGACAUUUUAAAAAAGGACAAGAAGAUAAAUUUGUCUGGAGAAGAGCAGCAGAUGAAGAGGAAGCAAGUCAGGAAACAUGAGGAACCAGGACAGGUCAUCCUGGGCCUGAAGUUAUCACAAAGUGGUCUCCAGUUCUUUUUUAAAGGACGCAGCGAGGUUGUGGAGCGUUGGACGUUUCAAAGGAUUCUAUUGGACGAUAACCAGUGGCACACUCUUAUUUUAGUUAUUCAUCGACAUCACAUAAGACUCACAGUGGACUGCAAGCCACCGCUGGAAAUCACUCCCUCCAGGCCUUUCCCCUCAGACCUCAACAUUCAGGGAUCCAGAGUCCACAUCGGCAGCCGGGGAAGAUGGAAGGGCUUGUUUUCAGGUCUGCUUCGACAGCUGGUUCUAGUGCCAAACUCAGACGCAACUCGUCAGGUGUGCCCUUCCUCUGACCCCCAGCUCGUAUCCCUGUCAGUCCCCCCGCUGCUCUUAGACCUGCCUGUCAGAAAGCAGCAGGAUGACAGACGGACGACUUCCUCCGAAAGUGCACAGCAAGUGUCUCUGGGUUUGGAGAGGUCCUGCUCGGAGCUGCUGCAGGGCCAGCUGUGGUUUAAUCCACUCAAGAAGGGCCUCUACUACUGUGACGGCUCAGCGUGGAUCACUGUGUUGGAGGAUCAUAAGAGGCUGGACUACGUGUUGGAACAACAAGUCCUCACCACCAGCUCAGAGACACAUGAUAUAGAGGUGUUUCAGAUUCCUGGUGUGGGUCUGAUGGCAGCGAUGGCUCACCGGGCCUCAGCCUCUGGCUCAGCUGUGUACCGUUGGACCGACUCUGGUUUCCAGCUCUACCAGAACAUCAGCACUUAUGGAGCUCUGGCUUGGAGACAUUUCCGAAUGGGAAAGAAGGUGUUCCUUGUGGUGUCUAACUCUGGGGCUGGAGCAGACAAGCAGCAUAAGAAAGAGUCGGCGGCAGACUUUUCUGUUAUUUACAAGUGGAGCAACAGAAGAAAACGGUUUGUGCAGUUCCAGACUCUGCAGACCUACUGUGCACGAGACUGGGAGGCCUUUAGCAUCAAUCAACACACAUAUCUUGCUGUGGCCAAUCAUAGGCAGGGUGACAAUAAUCACACAAUAAACAGCGUGAUAUACAUGUGGAACAGACCGACAAAAUCUUUUGAGGUUCACCAGCUGCUGCUCACUUCAGGCGCCUACGACUGGGAGUUCUUCACAGUCGGACCGUAUCAUUUUCUGGUGGUUGCAAACGCGUUUGACGGCAUGACCACCUCUGUGGACUCUAUCAUMUAUGUUUGGAUGGAUGGAAGGUUCCACGUGUUCCAGACAAUCAAGACGUUCUGUGCCACAGACUGGGAAAUGUUCCAGAUUGGCAGCAGAGUGUUUCUGGUUGUUGCCAACGGACACAGACUGGAUGGUAACGGGCCGAGUCAGUACACCAUCAACUCAACCAUCUACGAGCUGGACAUGAUUGGACGGUUGUUUGUCCGCUUCCAGGACAUUGUUACCCACAGUGCAGUGGAUUGGGAGUUCUUCAGCCUCGGGGAGGAAUAUUUUCUGGUUGUUGCAAACUCAUAUAAUGGAGACUCCUACUCUCUCAACAGCGUUCUUUACAGGUGGCAGGGAUAUGAAGGAUUUGUUCCCGUUCACUGGCUUCCGACAAUUGGGUGCAGUGACUGGGAGUUUUUCAGCUUCAAAGGAGAAUCCUAUUUAAUCUACUCGAGCGCCAAAGCACCUCUUGCCAAAGUAUUCAAGCUGAAAACUUAUUAGAGAACGAGUGUGCUUUUAGUACUCACGUUGUAUAUGAUUUAUCAUGUAUUUUCAUAUCUUUGUAGGCAGAAAAAGUUUGUGAACAACAUAGCAUUUACAAAAAAUUAAUUUAACAGUCAAACAAAUUAUUGAAUUUAUAUUUUUGUUUAUAAAAGCUUUAGCUCAUGAAAAUCUUUUUGUAAAUCUUCACAACCAAUAUAUAUGAUUUUAAAACAUGAUGGGGCUGUAUUUGUGAGGAUUGACAAGAAAAGAAUAUACUCAAGCUCCUUCAAAAUCACAAUUUAUCUAUCAGUAAAGAAUUAAUAUUAAACAUUAUUUAAUUAUUAUGGUUACCUGGGUAUUAUAACAUGAUAUGUAACUUUUUUGUUUAUMAUCUAGAAUAUUUAUUUUCUUUCCUCUUAUUAUAUCACUUUGUACUAGACUUUUGAAAUUACCUCUGAAUGAAUURCAUUAUUUAUGAUUAAAACUGAUUGUAAAUUAUAGAAAUUUUACUAAUCAAUGUUUGAUUCAUUUUUAUGCAUUUAUAAUAAUUUGUUUUGUUCGUUUAGUCUGUGGAAUACUUGAGCACUUAAUUUUCAGAACAUAUAAAAAGAAAAGCUGACUAUUUAGUUUUAUCUAUAAAAAACUACAACUCCCACAAGGCCACUGGUCAAAACCCGUGAAGUUACCAGAAAUGUCGUUUUUACAUACAUACAAGUGAAAUUUGUUUUAAAAUAUACGGCUUUAAAUAUCAUGAAAGGAGUGUUUAAUAAAAUGUUAAAGUUUUGUAAGUAAAUAACAACAGCAUACGUGUUUAAGUUAAACACACCAGUCUAACUCCAGUUUCUUACUCGAGUUUCGCUCCAUGACUAAUGACGGUACUACAAGUCCCACAAUGCAUCAUUCCCGUCUUCGACGAGGAGAAACAUGGCGGCUCACUGUUCAGUUGCGGUGUCUUUAUUUACGUUUCGUUUGUUAGCUUUUUUAAGACAAACAGAGGAUGUAAGAGCUUGUGUCCGAAACCUUUUUUGAGUAAAAGUUUAAUUCAAUUAUUAGUCGUUGUUUUUGUAACACGGCGCUGCUUUGUUUUAGUUAUUCGGG